UUGAUCUCGCAGUGAAUAUAAUGGUUAUAGUGUUUUGAAAGGAAUUGCAAUGGAUGAGUUGGCGAACGACACACAACACCUGUUGAAUGAAAUUACUGGAAAUACAAGUAUGGACGAACAAAAAAUGGAUGGAAAGGAAAAAUCCCUAGAAGAAGACAUAUUAGGAUCUGAAAAUUUACGAAUGUCAGAUUCUGAUGAGGAAUUCGAAAAGACAACAAAUCCUAAAGAAGACGCACUCUCUGUUAACUCUCCUUUGGAUGGAGACAACGAAAAUCGGGAAAGAUUAUUAACAAAGAAACAAGAAGAGGAGAACAUUAGUGAAAUUAAUGCCUUAAAACGAGUUCCUAAUAAGAAAGCCAUGCGCUUAAUAGAUAGUGACACUGAAGACGAGGAAAGUACAAUGCAAUGGGGACUUAAAAACAAUGAAUUGGAAAGUCAGAAAAUGUUACCGAAAAAAGUAUUACUCUUACUAGACAAGGAUACUGAAGAAGAUUCGCUAAAAACAAAUCAACCACUAAACAGUGACGAUUCAAAUAGUGAGGUUAGUCGGUACAAUAUUAAAAACAUUAAAAAACGUAAUAAAACGGAAAAGUCGCGGGACCAGGAAAACGCUGAAAAGAGUGGCUCCGACGACGUUAAACAAAAGUACUCUGCUUUAAUCGAUAGCGAUUCUGAUUCAGAUAGUCGGAUUUUAGAAUUUGGCAAAAAUCACUUUGAAACUGAAAUACACAUCGCCGACAAUUCAGAAUUUAAAAAUAAAAAAGGCGCAAAAACCGGAACCAGCUAUAAGAGAGAAAACGUUAUGCGGGCUUCUGCUAAAAAAGCCUUAGAUGAAAUGCAAGCCAUACAAAGUGAACAGCAAAGACUGCACAGAGAAACGCAUGUAAGCAUUCCUUAUCACAAACCAAAGAAACGCACUUUAGAAGAGUUUCUAAAGAGACGUACUAUUGUCAAACCUCAAUUAACUAACGAGGAAGGUAGUCCGGUGGCAGCGCUUGUGCAAGCUAAAAGUCUUAAGAUGACUACUGAGGAGUUAAAGGAGUAUGCAAAAUUGAUGGAAGAACGAGCUAAAGAGGCUUGCGAGUUUUUUAAAUCUGAAUCCGAAAAUGAAUCGGAAUUUGUUCAUAAUAAUGACGUAUUUGACAAAUUACCAACAAUGCAGGAAGAAUUAGAUAAACAAGUUCAAGCGAAAUCUUCAACGAAGGAAAUCCUCGAUGGGAAAGCGUACAAUACACAUGAAAUUUCAAAUAAUGAUUUAGAAAUUUCAGAAAUACCAAAAGAUAAUCCGGCAGCUGUUGAACGAUCUGAAGAAAAAUUGUCUGAAAUAUUCGAUGAAAAUUUAUUGAGAAAAUCACCGGCAAAGGUGAUCAUAACUGAAGUCAUUGAAUUGCCCAAAUUAGAUAUGAAUGUUAUUCAGGCAAGUCCGGCUAAAUUGGAGUCAUUAGUUAAACCGGCUACCUUUCACAAUGUUAAAGAAUUAUUAGAAAAGAAAUAUUUACCCCUUAAUCCUUCACUCAGUGGUGAUCCCACCAAACUGAUUAAUUUGGAGACCGGAGAUCUGAUAGAAAAGCAGCCAAACGGCGUGGAGAAUUUGAUGCAACGCCUAAUGUCCACAGUAAAGGUGCAUAAAGCAAAGACUUUGGAGCGCUGUAAUAUUUUGGCAUUCGAAAAUGACAAGUUGGAAGCAACAAGUGUAAACGUUAACAUCAAUGGGGAUGAAAGCUCCAUAAAAAAAGAACCAAAACCGGGUGCCGCUUACUUUGAAUUAAAAAAAAAUUUGAAAGAAAUCAUAAAAAAGAAACGUUUAGAAGAGUUGUGUAAAAAGCAAGAAGAAGAGAAAAUGGAAUAUGAGGAGAGCUCGAUUGAUACUGAAGAGGAAGAUUGCGGCGAUUUUGAAGAAGAAGACGAAACUGAUGAAUUUUCCAAAGAUGAGGGCAAGGAGGAGAAAGAAAUUUUGGCGGACAUUAAUGUAAUAGAAGAGCUCGAAAUAGAAAAAGAAGACCAAAUUUAUGAACUUGAAGAGGGAAAAAUGAAUAAAAUACAAGAGGAAGAACAAACUUUUGGCCUCGAACGUAAAAAUCAUGCCGCAAAUUCUUUCGCGGAUUCUAGCGGGCAUAACAAUGACUUGGAAGUUAACAGAGAUGAUAUUGAUUUCCUGAAAACUCAACCUUUGGCGUUAAGAACUCAAACUGAAGGAGAAGAGCUAUUAACUAUACGUUCAAGCAGUUUUGAUAGCACUCAACCGUCGAGGUCAGCUUUAAUAAGCCAAAUACCGUUAGUGCAAAAUAACGUUGACAACAUGAACGAGGACGAACUGCUGCAAUUGUGCUCAGGUAGAUUUGAUCACGGAUUUGAAACGCAAAAGCUACAAAAUGAGGAAAAUAAUAGCCAAUUAAUUCAUAAAACUGUGUGCAAUAAUAUCUUAUCAAGUGAUGAAGACAAUGACGACGAAGAAGAACAAACAUUAAAACUUUCGAGGGGGAAGUCUAGAAAGAAAAAAUUAACAAAGAGAAUUAAUAAAAAGAAGGCCAAAUUGGGCUUUUCGGAUGAUGAAGAAGAGGAGGAAAUUACCGAAGAUCAGGGAAGCGAUUUAGAGGAAAUUGACGGUACUGAGCCUGAAGCUUUUAUAGACUAUGACUCCGAAGAGAACGAAAUUUUAGUACAUCUAACUAAAGAGGAACGUGUUCAAGAAGCCGAACAGUUCUUUGAAAAUGAGGCGGAGCUUUCAGAAUCAGAUUGGGGCAGUGCUGACGAAGAUGAAGAAAACGAUUUGGAUAAAUACGACAUAGAACUAGGGGAUGAAGAUGAAUUCGAUAAGGACAAACUGCGUGAGGAAUUGGGGAAAAUUCAUGCCCGCAAAAUGUUGGAUGAAGACAUAAAAAAAGUGCGAAAAUUUCAGGAAAUGUUUUUGGAGGAUGAAGAAAAUGACGGUGUGGGCCGUCAACGUCAAUUCAAAUGGCGAAACGCGGAGAACGGUUUCACUUUGGAAGAGUUACAACGUGCCGAAAUAAAACCUGACGAUAAUGAAGACAAUUGCGAUGACCCUAAUGAGCAUGAAUGGCGUAAAAUUCGCUACGAGCGUGAGCAGUUUCUGAAGGACAAGGAUCUUAAACUUGAUUCCCAAGAUGCGAGCACAAAUCUUGCCAAACCCAACUUGCCAGCAAUUGUAACUGUUAGCCCCCACAGUAAAAAGUUGCAAGUAAUCAAUGCUAAGAAGAGCAGUGCCUAUGCAGAACCAAAUGCCAAAACAUCAUCACCUUUCCUCAUCUCAAAGGGCGUCAAUCUUAUCACAAUGAACAGAAAAGCAGCACGGGGCUCAUUUUUAGUGCGCGACAAAGAAACCCUUAACAAAUUAGCAGGUCUUAAUAAAGGCAAACCAGGUGCAGCAAAUGUGGGUGAUGUGGACGAUGCAACCGCAGCUAUUUCAGUCAACACUGCCAAAGCAAAAAAUUUCGUUUUUGCUACCCUAACUGAGGAGGAGCAUGAAAGUCUUAAACGUAAAGCAGACAAUGUGCUUAAUGGCAGCAAUGAAAAUGGUGUCAAUUACAUGAAAAAACCUAAAUUUGAACCGCGUCGUGAUAAGUGUUUUAUUGAUCAACUUUUAUAAAAAUUUGUUUAACAACUGCCAGCAAAUAAACAAGGAAAGUUUCAUUGUAUAGAUC